AUGCAUCUACUUUUCCUUUUGCUCAAUGCCAUUUUCAGCAGGGUUUGUGCUCAGCUCUACACCCCGACUAGCACCAACGAUGACGGCGACGUUACCCAGCCAGGGCCAUGUCCCGGAUUCUUACCAUCCUUUCCUGACUUCGAAUUCCCCCAUCUGAUGAUUCCAAUCUCCUCUAGCAACCCUGGCACUGCCUUUCCCAACACCGACACCCCAUACAUCACCGCUGCCGACAUCGAAAUGAUCUUCAACUUUGACAUCCCCAUGUCUCGCAAGGGGCAGACGUGCAAUGUGGAAUUCCUCUUGCCGAACAAGACCGAAUUGAGCACAUCUUCGUUUGAACUGGCCGGCAUCAAUGGGACAUACGUUUUCUCCCUGUCCAUGCUUGGUGUAGGGGCAGUGGAGGGGAAUACUACGUACAACAAUCAGCCCCUUCAAGCCAACCCGCAUGGGCUACCAAAGACCAUACACAUGCAGCCGGGACAUGCAUAUGAGAUUGGCAGCACUAUUUGCGUUCCGGGCAGGAUUAGCAUGACGAUGAGCAGCCCUGACAGCAGUUUGACAUGGUUUCAAGACUGGAAUCAAUGUGCUAUUGGGCUGUUCAUCACCUAUUCACUAUGA